GAUUAGAUUGCGAUUCCUGCUUUGCGGAAACUAUCUUCAGUGCUCAGUACGCAGUCGAGCAUAAUGUCAAGAAGAGGUGGCUUCAUUCGGCUGUCACUUCUGGUGACGGCGUCCGUCUUGGCGAUCUUCAUCCUCCUCAGUGCUCUGCAGCGCACGGAUAAUCUGAAACCCACGGAUUUGAGCCUAUAUAGCGGCAGUGCAGAGAAUGGGCUUGCUGGGAAGGCGACUCCGCCACCGAUUCGCCACCUGGAGGAGCCCAUCAAGGAGGAACUUGUGCGGCAGCUGGAGCAGGAACUGCCGGAGGUGGACUAUGGCUUCUGGUACCACUGGGCCAAGCCCUUGGCCUACAAGAUAAACCAAACGUGUGCGGUAUAUCCCGAUCCUUUGGAUCUGAAGCUGCACAACAUAUACUGGCAGACCUUCGUCAACUCGAACGUGACCUUUCGCCUGUACGCCGCGUACUUCGACGAACGGAAAGGACUAAAGCUGCCUACGGUAAGGAUUUUGGCCACUGCCAAUCAGAUCGACGACGCGUUUCCCCCAACCCAUUGCCAAAUGUGGUACGAGAACUAUCUGGAGCCCAUUCUCGUGCCCGUCUCGGAGUUCUUGAGUGUGUGGGUCAAGCAGUGGGGCUACAAGCCGCAUCUUAAUUACCCGCAUCUGUUGAGCUGUAGGAUUCCCUUGGAAUUGCCGCCGCCUGCGAUCAACGCCUUUCCAAAAACCGUGUCUCUAGUUGCGCGGCCUUGCGAGAAGGCCAGUAAUUCGCUGAGGGUCAACGUGAAUCAGAAGCAGCCAGUGUCAGUGCCAGUGCCAGUGGAGAUCGCUUCCUUGCAAGAUCCCGAAUCAUCCAAUGCCACAAAUGAAGCUCCUCUGAACUUUGGCGUCUGCCUCAAGGGAUUCGAUUUCCCCUAUGUGGAUUUAUCAGAGCGCCUUAUCGAGUGGUUUGAGCUGCAGCGCAUUUUUGGCGCCUCGCGGAUCUACGCCUAUAUGUACGAUGUUCAUCCCGCGGUGCAGAGGGUCCUCGACUAUUAUCAGCGCACUGGAUACCUGGAGCUGCGACCCUUGACCCUGGCCAAUGGCAUGCCCAGACUGAGGCACUACCAGCACAUGCUGCUGCAGCAGAGGAAGCUGACGAAGAGGCUGAACGAACUGAUACCCUACAACGACUGCUUCUACAGGAAUCUGUACCGCCACGACUAUCUGGUUAACGUGGACGUGGACGAGGUGAUAAUGCCGCUGGGUGAAAACCGCAAUUGGCAUCAGCUGGUGCAAAAGACCCACGCCUCGGAGGUCGAAGAGGGCGGCAGCUGUGCAGGUCGCUUCCCCGCCUUGUGCUUCAUCAAUUCCUACUUCACCAAAGUGCCCACCGAGUUCAGCAACCACGAGGAGCAGGCCAUCGCCGGCGAACUGUAUGUCCUCCAGCACACGCAGCGGAUCAGGAACUACUCGACGCCGGGCAAGGCCACCAAGUGUUUCCACAAUGCCCGCCUGUCCUUGACGCUGCACAACCACUUCACCCUCUCGUGGCUGCCCGGCGGUUGCAACUCGCGGACCGUGGACACGUCGAUUGCCCAAAUGCAGCACUACCGCGAACCCGAUGACAAGUAUAAUCAAACCGAUUUGACGGACGAUCGCAGUGUCUGGAAAUUUGCCGGCGAACUGCGAGCCGCCGUGGAGUAUGUGUGGCUUCAUCUGGACGACGUGAUGGCCCAAGUCAGCGAUCCCGAGGAGCAGCAGCAGCUGGAGGAGUCACUGGACCAGGAAGGCGACGAGCAACAGCCUCUUCAGCCAUUACUUCCGCUGCCUCCACAGCCUGUAUCAUAAGUUUGUGCUCAGCUAAGGUUUGCUUUACAUCAAUGGGGUUCGUUGCUUUAAAGUUAAUCAAUUGGUUGGUGACUUUGUGCUUAUUUACGCUGCUGAUAAAAUAAUUUAUGCUUUAAUAGCGCUGGUCAUCAAAGUUCCCCAAAAUGGUAGUUAUUUGUAGAAAUAAUUUAUGUAAGUUAGCUAAUUCAUUGCUAAAAAACCUAUUAUAUAGUAGAUAUACCUAUUUUUUUUGUAUUUAUUAUAUUUAUAUCGUGCGAUAAAUGUACUCAGCAGGUUAAUUAAAGAAAAUUAACAAAAAUAAAUGUUUACCGCAAGCUGCGAUCAAGACUUGUCGCCUGCAAGUGGAAAGCCCCCAUCCAUCAUACUCCAGUAGUUUAGAGCGUAAUUUCCCGAUCGAUUGCUCUGAUGUGAAAGGUGUGAUAGGUAGAGGUACGCAAUUCGCAGUUAUUGAUUGUUCCGGCUAGUAAGCAAAUGAAAAAGCUAUUUUUGCGGGGGAGGCACUGCGUCCCUUUCCCAACUGUGUCAUAGUUUUAUGCCAAGCAAGGCGGCCUCAUUAGCUCCGAACACUGUUCAUUGCAGCGAAAAUAGUGGGCGUUUAUCGGUAAAAUUGUUGCGAAAAACCCACAAGUCACCAAAAGACGUGUUGUGCUUUAAUUAAUCUACUGGCAUAAUUGCGUUCCAGCAAGUGAAUUCUGUUCUACAACACCAUUUACUAUAUGUUCAUAUGUGAAAGUAUGUGUUUAUAUAUAGCUUCUUCCUUUGUACCCUAUGGAAUUUGGUGGCUUGUUGAAUUUAGGGAACUGUUGACGUAUCCAGUGCGAAAGCAAUUAACGCACCGCACCGAUGGCAUCGCAGAUAUCACGAGCGCGAUAGUACGUACCCCUUCCAAGGAAAAACUUCAGAUUCAGUGGCCGUUGAAUUGCCCAAUUUCGCUAGGUAAACCUAGUCAUUACGCACGAUAAGUCCACCGUUUUUACUUUUGUAUAUUUUUAUAGUUUCGCACUGCUGCCCCUCCGAAAACUUAUCAGCUCGUAAAACUGGUGCAGCAUUAUUCCACUUUCGCCCAAGAGUAUGCCAUGCUCCACGUAGAGAUCCACGUUUCCGCUGUAGUUGUAAGGGACUAGAGGACGGAGGACUGAACCUUAUCUGCGACACACGACGGUGAGCAAAGUCCUCGGGAACUACGACCAUUGAGUCACGCCAGGUUAUCGCAAACAGUCGCUCACUAUCUUAUCAGUGUUUUUGAAUAAAUGAAAUAAC